GUAGCCGAAGGCCAGUUUACACGUUUGCAGAAUUCCUAAAAAAAGUGCUCAACUCCCCCCUCGGCCCCCCUCGCCUCCCCCUUCCCUGGGAUGAAUGAGAAACCGCAGCACUUCUCCUGAGCUUCGAAGGGACGUGGAAGCUCUACAGAGGGGUCCCGCACGAUUUGUUCUUUUUUGCAACAGUUUGCACUUCGGUUUUGAGGGGAGCCCUUUAAUAUUUCGACAUCUUAGGGAAGCAGAAGCGGGGGGGGGAAGGCCAAAAAAAAAACACACCAAACCAACCAAAAGGAGCAUCGCCAUCGCAGCCGGGAGUCAAGAUGGAGUCGACGCUGGUGCUGCUUUUCCUGAGCGCGGUGGGAGCCGGCGUGUGGGGGGACCCCGGCCCGCUGGAGGACGUGGUGAUCGACCGCUACUUCGUCCCCAAGGUCUGUCCCCGCGAGGUGCAGACGGGGGAUCACGUGCGGUACCACUACAACGGCACCUUCCCGGACGGCAAGAAGUUCGACUCCAGCCACGACCGCGGCCUGCCGUUCAGCGGGCUGGUCGGGCUCGGGAGGCUGAUCACGGGGAUGGACCGGGGCAUCCAGGGGAUGUGCAUCACCGAGAGGAGGAAGAUCACGGUGCCCCCUCACCUGGCUUACGGGAGCUUGGGCGCUGGUAACGUCAUUCCCCCAGACACCACGCUGGUCUUCGACGUGCUCCUCCUGGAUAUCUGGAACCCGGACGACAAGGUGCAGACGCGCACGCUGGACAAGCCGCAGGACUGCAAGCGCACCGUGCAGAAGUCCGACUUCAUCCGCUACCACUACAACGGCACCCUGCUGGACGGCACGCCCUUCGACUCCAGUUACAGCCGGAAGCAGACCUACGACACCUAUGUGGGGGAAGGCUGGCUCAUCAAGGGCAUGGACGAGGGGCUGCUGGGGAUGUGCGUGGGCGAGAAGAGGAACAUCAUCAUCCCUCCCUUCCUGGCCUACGGAGAGAAGGGAUACGGCUCGGAUAUCCCACCCCAGGCCAGCUUGAUGUUUGACGUGCUGCUGGUGGACCUGCACAACCCCAAGGACGACGUCGUGGUGGAAUACCAACAGAUCCCCGAGUCCUGCAAGCGCAAGUCGGUGGCGGGCGACUUCGUCCGCUACCACUACAACGGGACGCUGCUGGACGGCACGCCCUUCGACUCCAGCUACACCCGGAAUCACACCUACAACACGUACAUCGGGAUGGGCUACGUGAUCGCUGGAAUGGACAAGGCCCUGCAGGGAGUGUGUAUCGGGGAGCGGAGACGGGUCACCUUGCCUCCACACCUGGCCUACGGAGAGAACGGAGCAGGUGAAAGUAUCCCUGCCUCAGCCGUGCUGGUCUUCGACAUCCAUGUCAUCGACUUCCACAACCCCAACGACGUCGUGGAGAUCGAGACCACCUUCAGGCCGCCGGACUGCAACCUCACCAGCGCCUCCAACGACCUCGUGUACUACCACUACAACUGCUCCCUGCUGGACGGCACCUUCCUGUUCUCCUCGAACGACUUCGAUCACCCCCAGGAGGCCUUCCUGGGAGCCAACAAGGUGAUCGACGGGCUGGACGCGGGCAUGCAGGGCAUGUGUGUCGGCGAGCGGAGAGUGGUGGUCGUGCCCCCACACCUCGGCCACGGGGAGGAAGGAGCCCGCGGGGUGCCUGGCAGCGCGGUGCUGCGCUUCGAGCUGGAGCUGCUGAAGCUGGAGAAAGGGGUGCCCGAUGGCUACCUGUUCGUGUGGCUGGAGGAGCCCCCCGAGAACCUGUUCGAGGCGCUGGACCUCGACAAGGACAAGGAGGUGCCCCUGGAGGAGUUCUCCACCUUCAUUAAGACCCAGGAGGCAGAGGGCAAAGGUCGCUUGAAGCCCGGCCAGGACCCCGACGUGGUCAUCCAGGACAUGUUCGGGAACCAGGACCGCAACAAGGAUGGCAAGAUCACGGCCGAGGAGCUGAAGCUGAAGGUGGACGAGGACGCGGAGAAAAUGCGUCACGAGGAGCUGUGAUUGGCCCGGGGGGGGGGCGUGCGCACACACACACUCACACACAAACACAUAGGGAGGGAAGGAGGGAGGUGCUCCCCAGAACCUGCCCAUUCAGUACCCAGAAACGCAGACUGUGACCAGCCAGCAUGAUGCUGCCACAGCUGCAGUUCAUUCAGUCGACUCCCCCCCAAAACUUGGCUCAGUAAAAAUCUAGGAUUCAGUUUUUGGGCAACAACAGAAUAUCCUAGAUGCUCCCAGCCAAUAAAAUCAAAAUUAAGCUAUGAUUUUUUUUAAAGAAAUCAUUAUUUGGAUGCCCAGGCAACCAGAGGGUUUGGUGAUUACCGUAUUGCACGCAUUGAGCCCAAGAUUUUCCCCAGAAGGGCUCAGGAAAUUAAGACUCCUGUCGCCACCAGUGCCUUACAGCCAGUGGAAUGAACUCACACACUACAAAUGUUUCCACUCGUAUUUUCAUCUGAGAAGUGAAGCUAUACAUUUUUAACUUUAUUACACAUUACUAUUUAUUUUCUUUUAGAAGAGACAAGCAGCCACAGAUUUUACAGAGUAUUGUGGCUUACAGGAGUCUUCAGGGACAAUCGAGUAGUGUCACAUUACAUUUUAAUUCCUGAGAAAGAUCCAAAGACUAACUGGAGUAGCAGAAGUGGAAGUUAUGUGCAUUUCAGAGGAGAUGCGGAACUCCCAAUUGGUUUGUAAUACAAUCCUGCAGGCUCUAAUGGUUUAAAUACCUUUCAUCCUUUGUCUUGCACUUGAAGCAGCUGGUAUGUGAAAUGUCUACAUGCUAAAGUCUAACCUGCGUUUUCACUAUUGAGCUUUAACUGUUUGGUAUUUAGGCAUUAUAAAGUCUAAAUACUGCCAUGUAACUUUGCAGAUCAUUGAUGGAAAGCUUUGUGAAAAAAGCAUUUGUGAAAGGUCUCUUCGGUUUAUAGCAGUUGGGCAUCUAGUUUCCCCUUAUGAACAUGGUCUGUGAUCUGAAACCAUGAUGCCCUGAUAUAUAAAUGAAUGUUUGUGAGAGUGCUCUUCUGGUUUCUUGCUCAGUUACAUAGUUACUAAUUGAUCCAAAUUCCUAAGUCCUAGCAGGUAAUAUCUGACACUUUUCUAAAAUCUAGAGGAAAUGGUGUAGUUUGAUAGUGUAAAUCGAUGCAGAAAAUAAGAAACAAAACUCAUGGAAUUUCUCCAAAUAAAUAAGAAACAAAACUCAUGGAAUACCUCCAAAUUCAAGGAAAAAGCAUAUGAUAAACAGAUUUGCAUCCAUUUUCUUAGAAACCUUUAGGAAAUUGCUGGUUAUUUUAAAGCAAUCACCCUGCCAGGAACUGCCAUUCAAAGGCAGGAUGGCCAUAUUCAGAAUAUAUUUAUACAUUACACCACUAUACUGCGUUUACGUUUUCCCCCUGGCUAAAAUAUCAAUGAAGGUGCGCAGUCUUUCAGGUAGUUAACUUAAAAGGGCUUAAAGGCAGCUGCUUCAAUGCUUUUUUUUUUUUUUUUACUCUGUGAAAAUAAGAGUUUAUUUUUCUCUCUCAAUGCAAAUGUGUGAAUUACAAAGUCAGGCCAAAGGUGCUCACUGACUGUGGUCCAGAGCAUGAUGUUGUGUUGAAAAGGUGUGGUUGCACUUGUGAGGACACCGCGACAGUGCCUUUAUCAGCAGCCCAGCUCCAUGCCAACUGUGCCUUUUACACUGUAGGCUAGUCCAGCUGUGACAGAUGUGGAAGCACAUUCUUUCGAUUACAGCCUGUAUACAAAUCCGCAAGCUGCAGCCUGGGAUCAGGCAGUGGCAGCCUAUGCUUUAGCUUUGACAGCCAAGGUAUCUGCCAGGGGCUGUUUUCAGAGAGGAGGCGGUGGCUGUUCACCUGCCCAUGCUGCUGAAGGCACUGUGGCUGGAUCUCGCUCUCUUUGAAGCCAUAAGCCGAGUGGUGAAGCCGGUGGGAGGUGUACUUUGCAUGCUCGCGCCAUGUACUACAAAUCACCAAAUAAACAGCGGCUGUUUGGAUAAUA